AGUAUUUAAAAAACGCUUCAUUAACGUAGAAGAAGAGACAGGACUGCAGUUUCGACACAGAUAUUUACCUGGAUGUGUUUCGCAAUGUUUUUUUUUCCUACAUCACAACGUUAAUCUGCCCAGGUGUGGGCAGGUUAGACAUGAUUGAAAAGACAUGAUUUUAAAGUUUAGUCACAGUGUUCAGGGUCACAAAAAACGUUUAUACUGUGAAAACAUACAAGGCAAACAGAGCAUGGAUCUCUAUGACAGAAUAGAAAUCUUCAUCCCAGCGGAGGCCGAGGUCAAGCGCAUCCCACUGUGGAGCCUACCAAACCCAGUGCUCAGAAGAAUGGGCCUCCCUGUGUCUGACUCUAAUGGCUCCAAGAAGCUCACAAACUCACCAAAGGGCACGUGGAUCUGUCCAGCAGUGGUUCGCAAAAAAGGCCAGAAAUCAGGAUGUGAUGCCAUGGAAAGUACACUGACUCUGCUGAGGACAGAGUGUCGGGCCUCGUCGGGUCCCUUUCGAAUGUCUUUUGUUUUUUUCAAUCACACAGCUUUCAAGGUGCUGAAGGACACCGUACCUGGCAGUAAGCUCUCUACAAUCCCCCCUCACAUGUCGUCCAUACCUCAGGGCCUGGCUUCAAAGACCUAUCAGACCGCUGUGGUCGUCUACGCCGGGCGCAUCUACCUGUCUGUCAGGAGGCCUGGUCGAGGCCAAGACCAGGCAGAGACAGCCCAGCCAUCUCCUCAGCCCACGCUGCCUGUACGCAGGCAGUGUAAGUCGCAGAAGAAGGAGCUGCCACCAGGCAAAAAGAAGCCCAAGAACACACCAUGUAAAGUAACGCACAAGAAAGGUUUAAAACACAGGAAUGUUUCCUCCUCCACGGAUGCUCACUCCGUCACCCAGUCCACUGUCGGCAUGCACAGCGCAGUCGGCCACUGUCACGAGGAUGCUAGAGCCAAGAAGAACCCACUGGAAGCAGGGGCCCAGGAGUCAACUAGGCACCAGCCUCAAGUGGAGGCAACCAACAGUGGCGGUAGUGAAUGUGUGAUGCGGGACGUGAGCAGCGGGGAAGCUGAGAGCGUCAGCCAGAACCACGACGUGGACAGCAACGUGCAGAGCGGCAGCGGGGACGUGGACCAAAGCUGCUCCCAAAGCUGGACCAGGAGGGAUGCGGUUGCAACCUUCCCCUCCCCGUCUUUAAAGAACAAGUUUGAUUUCAAGGAGCUGGCAGAGGAAGAGAUGAUCGGCCGAAUGAAAGCCAGGCUCAAGCAGAACGCCCAACAGUUACCAUCUGCUCAGUCUGACUGAAACGUGGUUCAGACGCUUCAUAAAACGCUCAACUCAGGUUAAGUUAGAAUUUUGUUUUGAGACCAAAGGAGAAUUUAACUCAUGGGUCCAAAGAUUCUCUAAAGGGCAGAGGAUUAAAUGAAUGCAAUCCUUUGCAUGGCAACAACCAUGAUCAUAUGGCGAUGGUGCUUUCUGCUCAGCCUUUUGUUGUUGGUUGAAGGAGUGUUGCACGUUUCAGUUGGUCGGAAGCGACUGAACCAUUCAGAAUCAUGUAAAUAUAAAUAAAGCGCAGAUAAAAGAACGUCCAAAAUAAGACUGUUUGAUGCUCCUUUGCUUUGCUGUAUGACAGGAGUGUGAGUUACAUGUUCUUUGAUCUUUCCUACUGAGCCAUCAACCAUAGUGAAGUUCAUGUUAAGUUCGAUAAAGAACAUUAUGUUUUGCUUCUGUUGCUCAGAAUCCGCUGCUCUCCAGCUUCCUUUUUUCCAGUUAUUUUUUGGGAUUUUCGGCUUGUGUAAUUUAUGUUAAUGCAACCUCUGUUUACAAUAAAGAAUCGUGUGCUUCACUA